AUGCCUUUCGUAACUUCAUCUGACACGGCUCAUCUCAUGAGGGAGACGAUCUCUCCACGCAAAGCCUAUGGUUUCCUACUGUUCACGGGCAUACUUUCCGUUUACCUCUUGUACAGACUCUAUCGGAAAGCCCUGCCGAAGCCUAUCCCCGGCAUCCCGUAUAACCCAAAAGCCCUCGGCCGAAUCCUCGGUGACCUACCAGAGCUCGCCAGCGAGGUUUUGAAGACGGGCGACCUGGCUACUUGGUUGCAACGUCAGGCGGACCAGCACGACUCGCCAGUAUGCCAGAUCUUCCUUCGUCCCAUGUCGCCACCCGUGGUGAUACUGAGUGACUUCCGCGAGAUGCAGGAUCUCUGUAUGCGGCGGAAGGAUUUCGAUCGCGGACGAAUCAUCAAGAACAUUUUCAAAGGUCCUACGCCGAACCACCAAAUUACUCUGGAACUCGGGGACGAGUGGAAAGCGCAUCGACGACUAUUGCAAGAUCUCAUGUCGCCCCCCUUUUUACAAGACAUCGCGGCACCAGCCAUCUACUCGAACGUGAUGAAUCUGAUCGACCUUUGGCGACACAAGACGCGCAUAGCUGACGGGAGACCAUUUGACGUGUCCGAAGAUAUCUUCUACGCAGCUUUGGAUGCCGUUACAGCCUUUUCGUUUGGCGGCGAUUUCCCACACAACGCUACAAAACCUUUAGCAGAUCUUAUUCGAGGCCUCAAUAGUGCCCAAUUGAACGAGCUGAGAACCUCCGGAACCAUCGACGAUCCGAUUGAGUUUCCUUCAGUGGAAUGCGACGAGGUUCUAUCCACCAUCCUUGAUGUCACCAUCGCCAUUGAACGGUUACAUGGCUCACCCUGGCCCGUCCUCAAGUGGAAGAUUAUAGAGAAGUUUCCGCCGGUCAGCCGGACGAUGAGGCUUAAGAACAAGUUCAUUGUGGGAGAACUAAACAAGGCGACGUCUAGGCAGCUGGAAAACAGCGAUAACGACACGUGGAUGCGGUCGGCAGUGGACCUGAUGGUGCAAAGAGAAAGAAAAAUAGCUCAAGAUGACGGGAGGGUGCCUGACUUCCUUUCGCCUACAAUGAGAGACGAGUUAUUCGGAAUCCUUACUGGAGGCCACGAUACAACCAGCACGACCAUGCUAUGGGGCCUCAAAUUGCUAGCAGACCACCCGACCGUUCAGUCGAGACUUCGUACCUGCAUGGAAUCAGGAUACAAAGAAGCGUCAAGAGAGGCAAGAACACCUUCAGUAGAGGAAAUUAUGCGGAUCAAAGUUCCCUAUCUUGACGCCACGAUGGAAGAGAUUCUUCGUUGUGCCGGUACUGCACCAUUGGUGGAACGAGAAGCUCUUUGCGAUACUGUCCUGCUCGGUUACCCCAUUUCUAAAGGCACCCAAAUCUUUUGUCUCACGCAGGGAGCAAGUCUCCGUAAGCCGGCGUAUGAGAUCGACGAGAGGAGGCGGAAUGAGACAUGCCGAACUGCAGUCAAGAAUAGAGGAAGGGUACCAGAAUGGGAUCCUGCGGACAUCGCCGAUUUCAAGCCUGAACGAUGGCUGACUUCCGCAGGCCCCCUGGAGAAGCAAGAUGUCUACAGUGUAUCAACAGAUGAGGGUAGAAGGCUAGAGUUCAACUCUACAGCUGGGCCUCAAAUUGCCUUUGGCCAGGGCAGACGGAGUUGUUUUGGAAGGAGGCUUGCGUACGUGGAGCUGCGGAUCCUCGUCAGUUUGAUUGUGUGGAACUUUGAGAUACUCAAGUGUCCGGGUGCCCUUUCCGGAUAUGAGGGCAAGGAUGUCGUGACUCAUAAACCGAUCAAGAACCAUGUGCGGCUGAGGAUAGUUGAGAGGUGA